AUGUGAUGAAGCUAAGAAAUAAAGAUAGGAUGGUUGGUAACAAGAGUACCAACACAAAGACAAAAAGAAAAAUCAAGAUCGGAGAUCGUUGAUGACAAGGGCAUCAACGGAAGAAUAAUUUGAAGUACAAGAAUUUUCAAGAUUAAGGGGGAGUGAUGAAAGUUAAUCUAGAAAAUUCUAGAUAGGUCAUGUAAUGUAAAGAAAAAUCUUAUAUGCAUGUCUUAGAUUUGUCUAGAAAAAUCUUGUAAAAUAUCUAUGUAAAAAAAUCUAAGUUUAGAAUAUUUGAGUGUGUGUUAGAAAUAUCAAGGUCAAGAAAAAUCUAGAAACUAAGGUACAACAACUAUAAAUAUGUUGUAUGUGUAUGAGUUACAAAAUGAGCUCAAAAUGAGAGGGAGCAAGAUGAGCUCAAAUGAGAGAGAGUCAAACAAAAUGAGGUCCACACAAAAUAUUAGGAAAGGUAGAAACAAAGGGUUCUACCAAGGUGAAUGAGAGACAUGAGCUCUCACAAAUACACUUGUACAAUUAAUUAUCAAUGAAAAUUCAAUUUUAUGAUACUAUUGAGGUCCAUCAAAACUUCCGUGUGCGCCACAAAUUCUAUCAAAAAAAAACCCUGAAAAUCCAAAACCCAAAACUAAAAUCAUCAUUAAUACCCACAAAAAGCUUCAGCAAUACAAGUUCAUCAUCAAUUUACAACUGGGAUUUGAGUUCUGCUGCAACAGAGAAGGUGGAUUGUGUAGUGAUUGGAGCUGGAAUUGUGGGAAUUGCAAUUGCUAGAGAUUUGGCUUUCAAAGGUAGAGAAGUUUUAGUCCUUGAAUCUGCUCCUACUUUUGGAACUGUAACUAGUUCUCGCAACAGUGAAGUUAUUCAUGCUGGGAUUUAUUAUCCUCCCAAAUCUCUCAAGGCUAGGUUUUGUGUCAAAGGAAGAGAGAUGAUGUACAAGUACUGUUCAGAGCGUGAUGUCCCUCACAAGAAGAUAGGUAAGCUUAUUGUUGCUACUCGGGAAUCAGAGGUUCCAAAAUUAAAUGAGCUGUUGGUUCGUGGAACUGAAAACGGAGUUGAUGGUCUGAGAUUGAUGGAGGCAUCUGAGGCUAUGAGGAUGGAACCAGAACUGCAAUGUGUCAAAGCCCUGUUUUCACCUCUUUCAGGAAUUGUUGAUACCCAUUCUCUGAUGUACUCUUUACUGGGAGAAGCUGAAACUUAUGGGGCAAUAUUUUCCUACAACACCACUGUCCUUGGGGGCAACAUAAAAGGAAACCAAAUUGAGCUUUUUGUGACAGGAAGCCAGAGUUUAAAAAACUUUGAUGAGGGAAUUACACUACCAGCUGAAGUUAAGCUUCUUCCUGAGGUUGUAAUUAAUUCAGCUGGCUUGGCCGCUGUACCCCUUGCUAAGAGACUGAUGGACCUUGAUAAUUCUGUCAUUCCCAUUGCCCAUUAUGCUUGUGGUCAUUACUUUUCUCUAUCAAAGACUAAGGUGCCGCCUUUUAGACAUCUAAUAUAUCCAAUACCAGAAGAUGGUGGGCUUGGGGUGCACGUAACACUAGAUUUAGAUGGCCAGAUCAAAUUUGGGCCUGAUGUCGAAUGGAUUGGUGAUGUGACUGAUGUUGCGAGUUUUUUGAAUAGGUUUGAUUACUCUGUAUGUCCUGGUCGUGGUGAAUUUUUUUAUCCAGAGAUAAGGAAGUACUAUCCUCUGCUGAAGGAAGGAUCUUUAGAGCCAGGUUAUGCAGGGAUACGCCCAAAACUCUCUGGUUCUGGAAAGAUGCCUUCUGAUUUUGUAAUUCAGGGGCAAGAUGUUCAUGGAGUACCUGGACUUGUGAACCUUUUCGGCAUUGAAUCACCUGGUGUGACUGCAAGUAUGGCCAUUGCGGAUUAUGUAUCUUCUAGGGUCCUCCAUACGAUGUAGAUUAGUCCUCACAAACACACGACUCGUUUGGUAGCUGGUAAUAAAUAUAUGUAAUUUUCUGAGAAAUAUGAUACCAAAGCCUUACCCUUGGUAAUGAAGUUUCAUCUCCAUAUUCACCAAACAUAUGUUUUUUUCUCUUACACAAUUUUCCUUCACGUCUCAAUACCGUAUUUGAAGUGGUUUGGGAUCAAAAAAUAACAUGGCACCGCGUUUCAUGAUAUAUAACGGUAUUAGACUAUUAGUAAUAAAUUUAUAGUUAAUUU